AUGUCUAUAUCUCAUUACAGAAAAUUUUUCACCUGUCGAAUAGAUUGUAAAAGACACGUUUGUUUUUACCUGUAUAGGAACAAGAAACAACCAACUAUGGCCACUACAGUGAAUGGGGAGCAACUCUUGGAAUGGUUUCAAGAUCCAGCUAACAAAUCCUAUUUCAACCAUGAACUUCUAACAAUUAAAAAGUCCCCGAUAUCCAAUGGUAUUGGUGUAUUUGCUUUAAGGAGUCAGGCUCCUGUACCGAAAGAACUUGACGAUGAUGAAUCCAAUUUGCUAUUAAGGGUCCACAAAUCCAUGGUUUUGUCUGCUCAAACUUGUGCGAUCUCAAAUUUAAUAUAUGAGGAGAAACUUGGGGCUAUGUAUGGGUUAGUGCUUGCAUUUAUAUACGAACGGCAAUUGGGUGAGAGAUCACCUUGGUUCACAUAUAUUGAGACAAUCAACUACAAGAACUCCAAGGGUGAUCUAAUUGUUCCGCUGUGCUUGUAUGCGGAUAAGGAAAAGGCAAUUCUAAAAGGGACAGAAGUUGAGUUUAUGGGUGGAUUGGAUCCUCAAGAUUUGAAGAGCCAUUUUGAAGUUUCCCAAAAAUUUGCCAAUAAGGUACACAAGGAAGCUGGAUUACCGAUACCAUCUGUAUUGAAAGAUAACUCACAAUUUGAAGAAUUUGCAGCAAUCACAAUGGCUGUUGCGUCGAGAGCCUUUGAAAUUGAUAAUUAUAUCGAGUUGGGUUUAGUGCCUGGAGCGGAUCUGUUCAACCAUGAUCCGUUUGGUAAUGAACAUGUUCACUUUGUAGCAAUGGGUGAUGUCUGUCCAUUCUGUGGAAAAGACGAUGGAUGCGGACAUGAAGACUUUGGUCCUCCGGAUAGUGAGGGAGAAUAUGAAGAAGAAGGAUGGGAAGAUGUUGAGAACUACGAUGAAGAUGAGGCGAUGGACGGGUCUGUAGAGUAUCAAGAGUCCGAUGAUAAAUCCAAAGAGGAAGAACCGGGUGAUGAUUUUUCUAAAUUGGAGGAAUUUGAUGGAAGUUUUAAGAGUGAAACACCAACAUACGAGUCUGAUGAAGAAGUUGAAGAAUUAGAGGAAAUUACAAUGGAUUAUGUGGCAAAAAUCGAAACGGAGUUAAAAGAGGAGGAGGAAAGAGAAAAGGCUGAAGAAGAAGAGGAAAGAGACAGUGAUAUGGACAGUGAGGAAGAGUUUGAAUUAAAGGAACUCUAUCUAAAUCCGGAUGAGUGUUGUGACAUAGUACUUGAAAGGAAAAUUUUCAAAAAUAAAGAAGUUUUCAAUACCUAUGGGGAAUUACCAAAUUCUGUAUUGUUGGUCAAAUAUGGAUUUGCCGUGGAGGAUAACCCAUAUGACAGCAUCUGUCUAGGGCCUCAAAUUGUUGAGUACCGUAAGAGCCAUCAAGAGUUAGAAGAACGUAUAGAUUGGUGGGGGUGUAUGGGAUGGCUACUUCUAAGGGAGCAGGAAAGGGCAGAUGAGGAAGAUGCCCAAAGAGAUGAGAGAGGGGGUAGUGAUGCCGACUCUGAGGAAGGUGAUGAUGGGAGGAAUGAGGAAGAGGAAGAAGAAGAAGAAAAAGAAGAAGAAGAAGAAGAAGAAGAAGAAGAAAGUUGGUUAUUUAAUUGCAGAAUUGAACAUCCAGGUCGUGCCAAUGCUCAGUUAGUUGCAGUUUCGAAGUUGUUUACCAUGUCCACGGCAGAAUUUGAAAAGAUGAUUGGGGAUGAGGAAUGUGAUGGGUCUACAAUAAAAGAGCUCUUGGUCAACUCUAAGGCCACCAUGGAGUCCAAAAAGUUGUUACGGUCAUGGAUCGAUGGCAGACUGUCGAGUACUGGGGACGGCAAGACCAGAAGCGGAGAAAUGAAAAGACACUUAAAGAAGGCAGAUCCAUUGUCUGUAAGGACCAUGCUCAUUGUAGCAACGCUAAACGAAAAGAAACUGUUGGAGAAGGCACUCAAGACUUUAUAG